AUGAAGACUUCGAGCAUUGUCCUUCUGUCUGUCAUCGCUGCCGUCGCCGAGCUCGCCCAGGCCCGGCCGGCCGACCACCUCCAGAGCCGUCAAGCUGGCCUUGGCUACAUCUAUCCCGACCCCCAUAACCCCGCCUCGCGCUGCUUUGCGCCCAACGAGCGGAAGCCUGCUACGAACGGGACUACCCCAGCCGAGACCAAGCGCGGCCAGUCCUACCCUGACUGUAUCUGGUGGCAGACGUUCUACAACAACGGUGUACCCAAGCCCGAGGACGUCGACGAGUGGAAGGACAAUGGCAACUACGGCCAGUGUUGGUACCAGACCUUCCUCAAGACGCUCGCCUCUGAGCAGCCCGAGCGCAUCUACGCCGCCCUCAACAAGACUCAGCUGGAGCAGGGGGAGGCGCAGUACGCUACCAUUGAACUGCCCAACGGCUUCACGGACAACCAGAUUGCCCAGACAACCCUGGCCCUUGUUGGUCUCCAGCCAUGGGCGGGAGGUGGCCCCGGCGACAAGCCAUGGUGGCCGCUGGUCUAUCAGUACGGCAUUGGCAGGGGCGCCGCUGGCGGCUCCGGUUACAUUGGCGCUUGCCGGGCCGCCGACACCGACACCACUGCAGUCCUCGCGACUCUGAUCGGCAACUACACCACCUACACCAGCGGCAACGCGCGCCACGAGCGUCGCCAGGUCAGCUCCCAGCUCAGCACCGUGCUGCAGGAGGUCUCGGACAAGAAGCUCUACGCGUUUGCCAAGAUUGACGACAAGGUGUACCGUGUCAUCAGCUACAACACUUCGCCCGGAGAGAUCGUCCUCCAGGCCGUCGACGGCACCAUCCUCCACGAGAACCUCGCAUUCGCUGCGCGCAUCUCCUCGCUGUCGGUCCAGCAGGUCGCCAACACCGGCAGCUCGUCGGCUGGACCUAGCAGCACUGAGGCGCCGAGCAGCAGCAGCACUGCAUCCGUCGAGCCGACCGGCAGCGUGUCGUCGUCGUCGUCGUCGUCGUCGUCGUCGUCGUCGUCGUCGUCGUCGUCGUCGUCGUCGUCGUCGUCGUCGUCGUCGUCGUCGUCGUCGUCGUCGUCGUCGUCGUCGUCGUCGUCGUCGUCGUCAUCGGCUUCGGCUUCGGCGUCGUCCUCGGCUUCGGAGUCGUCCUCGUCGUCGGUGUCUGCUUCGUCAUCCUCGGCCUCUGCUUCGUCGUCCUCGGAGUCGUCUUCGUCCUCUGCCCCCACCGCUUCGGGUACCGGUACCGCUACGGCCGCCCCGACUGGCAGCAGCUCUGCCGAGUCGAGCGCCAGCUCGACCACCUCCGCCCCCGUGCCUUCCAACAGCACGACCUCGGUGCCUAUCGAGCCCACUGGCGGCAAUGCCACGACCUCGGCUCCCCUCCCUACCGGCAACAGCACCGCUCCUCCUUCGUCGACCGCCUCGCCUUCAUCAACGGCCUCGCUUUCGUCCACCGCCUCGGGAGACAUCAGCUCGACUGGUUCGGCUGAGCCCACCAGCGCCACUCCCACUAGCGCUACCCCGACCGGCUCGAGCGAGCCCACCGGUACCGAGGCGCCCACGUCCACCGGCAAGCCCAAGCCCUCCAAGAGCUGCAAGCCCAAGAACAAGAAGCGUCGCUCGCUCCGCCGCUCGUCCAAGCCGGCCAAGGAGUAA